GGGGGGCGUAUUUGUAGUCACACAGAUUUAUUGAGGAAUGUGUGUAAUUUUGAUUUGAGCUGUUGAGGCCGCCUCACCCACUGGCCAGGGAGUGUGGGAAACCUAAUCUUGCCCUGGACUCAUGGCUUUGUAAUGCUAAUGAGCUCCUAUAAAUAGGGGAGUGAGCUUCUCAUGACAGACCACUUGCCUUCCUCUGACAACACACGCUCUUGCUCUCUCUGCUAGAAUGGCACCUACAAUCAGUUUGGACAUUUGCAACUCUGAACUCUCCAAUAAGGAAAAACAUAGACUGAGAAAACCUGCUGUGGAGAAGAUGCGUAGAGAUCGCAUCAACACCAGCAUCGAGCAGCUCAAGGCCAUGCUGGAGAAGGAGUUCCACAAACAGGACCCCAACACUAAGCUCGAGAAAGCCGACAUCCUGGAGAUGACGGUGGUCUUCCUGAAGCAGGCGCUGCAGUCCAAAAGCUCGGUCCCCCAGCAGGCCCACAGUGACAGCUACUCCCAGUGCUGGAGGGAGACCCUGCACUUCCUCUCUCUCAACUCCAAGGUGGACUCCUCAUCCCUGCGUCUCAACCACGGCCAGGUUACCCAGAAUACUGCCAGGGACUUCUCCCCAGUGUCUCCAGUCAUGUCACUCAAACACAACCAGACACCGGAGAAGCAGGGCGCAGUCGCACAGAAGUCUGUCUGGAGGCCCUGGUAAAAGUAGCUGCUCAAACUCAUGUGAAUCUGAAGUUGAACCAUCAUUGUGCGCAAAAAAAACUGUGUAUAUUUCCAGUGUAGACAGACUGUGCCUGUUAUUAUGGAAAUGGAACAGAAUGGUGUAACUUUGCUGUGAAGUCUGCCCUGUGGGUAUUGUGCUUUAUAUCUACCAGUAAGGUGUGUGUUUCGCCUGAAAAUGGCUGUACAUCUUGAAGAUGAAGAUUGUGCUAGUGGUGCCCUGUCACUCUAGUGUGUAACUCCUAUGGAGUUGAAUAGACUGUAUUUGAUUUAGAAUACCAAUUGAACAACUCAUUUAAAAAGUGGUUGCCUUUUGUAAAGGAUUGAUUGGGUGCCUGUUGCAUCUUUUAACAUUCCCUGCCUUACCAUUUGUAAUGUACAUUGAAAUGUGUAAUUUGAAAUUUACAAUAUAUAUAUAUUUUAUACAUGUAUUUUAUGGUUAAAAUGUGUUCUCUGUACUUCAAUAAUUAUAAAGAAUAUUAACAAGAGAAACUGUUUGGUGUUUUGUUGCUUGGGAAUGCUUGUGCCAAUUCAAAUAAUGUGAAUACUACAGUCUUGUUCUGAACAAGUUGAAUAUUACUGUGCUAAUCAGCAUAGACAUUAAUACUUAAGUGGUUCUCUAUUAGCUUAAAGCGACCAUCCAUAGUUUACAACUUCUAGUUUUCAGCUCACAUUAAUGACUAUUUAAAUACAUAUUUAUAUUAAUACAUAUAUAUUUGGUAUCAUAGAACAUAGAUGACUACAGUUUUUGGACUUUUAGAUAUAGUUUCAACAAAUCACAGGGGGUAACAAAUGACAUGACUCCCCAACUUUUCACUAUCAUCGAACCAUUACUUUGUACUACUUUACAAUGUCCCACCCUAAUUAUUUGUA